AUGGGGUUCCCCAGGGACGCCCCGACGGCCGUGGAGGUCGUGACGGCCGCAGCAGGAGCCGCCGCCGUCGCCGCCGCCGCCGCUGCCGCCUCUUCGUCUUCUCCCUCGCCGCCGACGAGUCGCCCUCUGCUACUACGGGGGAAGCAGCCCCGCUCCCGCCACCAGAUCCCGCCUCUCAGGGCGUCGUGGGCCAACCAACGCCUCCUCCGCUGCGGCGACGGUUCCGUGGCAGUGCCGGCGUCGUCCCCGGCGGCGGCGCCGCCCUCGAGAAAGGAGCCGGAGGAGGCCGCCAACGACGGAUUUGAGCGGAUCAGGGCGAAGCUGAUGGACCACCUCCGGGAGGCGGUGGGGCGUAUCGAGCUGCCGACGGUUCCAGGGGAGGCGAGAUGGAAGCCGCCGCCACCGCCGGCGGCAGCCGGAGAAGCGCAGGACGGCGGCAACGGCGAACAGGAUACACAUCGCGGCGACUUCACCUCCGCUCCCGCUGCCGUUGACGAUCCGGGGUCUGCUGCCGCUGCGCCACCGCCCAGCGGCGGUGAGGAUCUUCCCUGGAAGCUGCGGAGGAGGAAGCCCGCGGCGGCCUGCAACCCGCGCCAGCACCAUCAGAAUCCACAGCCGGCUCCCAGCUCCUUCACUUCGUCACCGGCGCCAUCGCCGCCGGCGAAAGUGACUUCCCGGCUCAGGUCAGGGGCGCCGGAGAGGAGGGAGGCCGGCCUGCGCCGGCGGUGGCCGAAGUUCUCCGUGUCCCUAACGAAGGAGGAGAUUGACGAGGAUCUCUACGCCUUCACCGGCCGCAGGGCUUCCCGUCGUCCUAAGAAGCGUCCCCGUGCCGUCCAGAAGCAGCUAGACGUACGCACGAACCCUAGCGUUCUUCUACCUCCAGAGAGAGAUCAUCUUCAUUUUCUGGUCUAUCCUCCUCCUCCUCAUGCUCCUCUCCAUGGCUUCUGAUCUCUCCAUCUCUUCUCCGCAGACUCUGUUCCCAGGGCUGUGGCUGUCGGAGGUGACGCUGGAUGCCUACCUGGUCGCCGAUCCGCCGCCCGUUCCUUCCUGA